AUGUUCGACAUAUUCGCCAAGCUGCUGUCGUCCAUCACCUCCUUCCUCUUCCCCCUCUUCGCAUCCUACAAAGCGCUCAAGACCUCCGAUCCCGCCCAGCUGACACCAUGGCUGAUGUACUGGGUCGUGUUGGCGUGCGCACUCCUGGUUGAGAGCUGGACAGAAUGGUUUCUCGUCUGGAUCCCACUGUACUCGUACAUCCGCCUCCUCUUCCUCCUCUACCUCGUCCUCCCCCAGACCCAAGGCGCGCGCAUCAUCUACACAACCUACAUCCACCCCUAUCUAGAAGAGAAUGAAUCACAGAUCGAGGAGCUUAUCGCCACCACCCACGAUAAGAUGAAGGCUGCGGGCAUCGCCUACCUCAAGCGCGCCAUCGAGGCUGUUAGGACACAAGUCCUCGGGUUGCCGCCCAACCCGGCCGCCGCGAAGGCCGAGAGCAACAUACCCGCGUCGCAGCGCCCACGCAGCUACACCCAAGCCCUGCUCGACAGGUUUCAGCUCCCACAGGCCCAGUGGUCCGGUAACGCCGGCAACGCGGGGUCAGAUUUCUACAGCUUCCUCUCCAACGCCGUCAACGCGGCCACGGCUGCGGUGGUCGCCUCGGAUAGCACGGCGGCUACGGGCACGAAGGCGGCUUCCGCAACAAGAGGGCCUGGCGUCGGGGCCUUCCCCACAGGCGACAUGUCCGCGUCGGGCACGCUUGUGCCGCCUACCAUCCAGGGCGACGCCGACAAGAUGACCUUCCUCGCCGCACAGCGCGAGCGGCUCAACUAUGUCCUCAGCGCACUCGACCGCGAGGCAGCCCAGCUGCGGUCCGGGGCAGCGGCCGCGCCGGCCGCCGGCGGCAGCGCGCAGGACAUCAAUCUAGAGGGGCUCCAGUCCAGCAACGACAGGCCGACGACGUCAUCUAGCGGCAAGAGCGGUCUUAGCAAGAGCCGUAGCGAGGUCGACUUUGAGAAGAUCGAGGCCGAGAGCGGUGCCGAGGACAACAACGAGGGGUCGGCACAGCCGACGCCGGCUGUGUCGGGCGGGUCGUGGCUGCCUUGGGGGUGGAGCGCGUCCUCGUCGGAUGCUGGGAAGAAUAAGUCGGAUUAG